UACAUCCGGUUUCUGUGUUGCGCGGAAGCUGAAGACGUUUCGGCACCAGCAAACGAAGGAACUGUUGAGGGAGUCUUGGCCUCUGAAGUACAUUUUGGCACUUUCGUGUCCAAAUUAUAAAUCGAUUGAGAAUUUAUUUCUGAAUAGUGUUUCAAAAAGUCUGUGCGAAAGAUGAACAUUUUACCAAAGAAAAGCUGGCACGUUCGAAACAAGGAUAACAUCGCGCGCGUGCGCCGAGAUGAGGCUCGCGCAGCCGAGGAGGAACGCGAACUCCAACGUAGAAUCGAGCGCGCGGAGCAAGAGGCGCGAACAGAGUAUUUGAGAAAAAAGUCGCGGGGAGCCCUCGAACAGAAAGGAGGAUGGAGGGAACACGACGAACAGAGUGGAGGAGCAGAUCAACACUUGAACCUCUUCCCUGUUGAGGAAGCUACAGAAAAGAAAGGGAAUGCAGAAUAUCUUAAAGAAAAGAAAGAGGAGAAGGAAAAACAGGAGCGUGCGAUUGGCCUGCUGGUGUCUCUGGGCCCCGCCCCCGGAACAGAGGCCACACCCUGGUACAUGAAAGACAGGACAGAGAGAGAGAAGGAAGAGGAUGAAGGCAAAGACAAGAAGGACAAAGACAGAAAGAGACAUGUUGGCAUCAGGGAGGAAGAGAAAGAGAAGAAAGAUAAGAGACUGAAGGAUAGCCUGGACCCACUGAAAGACAUCGAAAAAGCACUGGCAGUAAAGGAGAAGAAAGACAUGAAAAAAAAGAAGAAGGAUAAAAGAGAUAAGAGAGAGAGGACAAGUGGGGAGAGCUCCAUCGAAAAGUUGCGUGCGGAACGUCUGCAGAGGGAAGCUGAGGAGAGACGGAGAGCCCAGGCCUUGCUGGACCAGAAGAACGGAAAGGAGAAAGAAAAAGAGAGAGUGGCGGAUGACAGAGACCGACCGUACAACAGCGCCUACUUCCCAGAGCUCGCCCGGAAGAGGCAGAGAAACGACAGGGAUCAGUACGGCUUCUAGAAGAUUCCAGGACUCUGUAUUUAAAGAUUCCCGCCUUUCAGUAUCCAUCAUUGCACUCUGAAUGCAAGGCUCAGAGACAACUGAAGUUUAAACAAAAACUCACGUUGUCCUGUACGGACUGAGCAGGUUUAAAAGUCUUCGCUGAUAAGUUGGAGGUGGUUCCAAAUGUUCUCAAAUAUUCUCCUUUGUUCGAACCUUCAUGUCUGUUAUUAGAGCAUGAAAGCAAGUUAUAAACUGUGAGUCUGAACUGUGUGAGAUCCGGGUCGAGGAACGGUCCUGACUGGUUAGAACUGAUUACUAUAGAGAUAAAACUUGAGGCGACCUAAACCAGUGUAGUGGUUUCGCCCACCUCUAGAAAAGGUAAUCAAUGGAACACUCAACUACUCAUUCUAGAAUCAAAAAAUACAAUGAGAAUGAGGAUUCUGCUACCGUUUUGGAGGAAAAUGGGUCUUGUUUAGGGAAAAUGGGAGGCUUUGUCAACCUAUCUAAGCAGCUGUGGUAGAAACUGAAAAUGCUACAUGCUAUAUUGAACCAGACAACGCUAAUAUUGAUUCAUGUGCAACGUUUUGUAAAUGUGUUUUGUUCAUGAGAGAGAUAAAAAAUAAUUUAUGUUUUUUCAGGAAUCUCAAACCAACCAUAAUAUGCAAUGUUACAAAUAUUGUGUUUAAUGACAGAGUAUGUGACAGAGAGG